GUACUGUACCUUUAAAGAGAUCGGGCUCAGACGCCGUCAUUACUCAGUUCGCCCUUAUAAACAGAGAGAUGGCGCUUUAGGUGAAACAAGGCGAAAGGUCUGACGUCUGAGCAGCUUCCGAAGUGUGAUGCGUGGAUUGGUACACUGAGGUAUCCGGAGUCGAGCAGGUGGAAAUCAGGAACAAAAGCAGAUUCAGGAGCUACAGUCUUGCAGAAAUUAGCUGGACGGGAUAAAGAUGUUUGGCUUUAAGAGGCUCUGCUGUUUUGUGGUUGUGUGCGUCACUUUUGAAGUCAAUGCAAAUGCACAGUGUUCAAAACCAAACACCUACCCCAAUGUUAUCCUGGCACCUCAAUACAGUCAAGAGAACAAUUUUCCCACUGGUGCCAUGGUUGCAUAUGAGUGUGUUACUGGCUAUAUACGGAUGUCCGGAAUGAAAAAUUCUACCUGCCAAGACGGCAAAUGGAGCAGUCUUACACUGAAAUGUCAAAAAAAGUCGUGUGGCUCCCCUCUGGAUAUAAUUAAUGGGAGGUAUAACAUAUCCGAAGGAACAGACUUUGGGGCGAUGAUUUACGCGAUCUGUAACGAAGGAUACAUACUUGCAAACCAGAUUGAAUAUAGGACUUGUAAAGAGGAUGGUUGGGAUAACCACGAUCCAGUUUGUGAAGCUGUCAACUGUGGGGAGCCACCUACAGUUUUGAAUGGCAUGCCCAGUAGGAUCUCUGACAUUAGGUACCAGGAAUCUGUGGAAUAUUCCUGCACUAAAAGCUACACGCUUAUUGGAUCAUCAUUGAUUACGUGCUCUGCUAAUGGCAGUUUUACGCCUGCACCUCCCAAUUGUUCAGUUGUCUGGUGCCAUGAACCUUCUAUCGCUAACAGCAGGCGCUUGCAAGGUUCACCACCCUACGGAUAUGAAUCAUUUGUCGUCUAUGAGUGUAUGAAAGGCUACAAAAUGACCGGCGAGGGUCAGUUAAUCUGUGACGUGAAUGGCUGGACUCCUGGAAUUCCAACCUGCAGUAAAGUUCAACCAACUACAUGGAAAACACCUGCAACUUCUACAACCCCAACCCCCCGGUCCACAGUUCAUGUCUCUCAACCACCAACCACAAGAAAAGUUACAACCUCAAAAAUAGCAGUGACCACUCGGGGCACAACGCAUGGGUCCAGGGGAAAGGGUGCCAACAUUACCCCUCAUGCUCUGAGUGUUGCUAUUGGACUACUCUUCCCUGCUAUUCUGGAGCUGUUCCUCUGAGCUGGAGGAGACCCCCCCCACCUCCACCCCCUGACUGGAAGCACCUUCAAACCAACGCAGCUUACUGCUAGCCUUUUCCUUUUACAUGGAAAUGGGUUUGUCCCACGGGGCCCUUUAUGGAAAAGAAUCUGAAACUUUAAUUGCACUUUUUAAAAAAAUUAGUUUUGUUAAUUUUGCAAAGUAUUAUAAGUAGUAUUUAUUUCCAAUUUCUAUUGAUGGUUAUUAUCAGUGUUUUUAAAACAUUUAUAUGACCCGUUAUGGUUUCCAAUUCCAGAUGUUAAUUUGAUUUGAUUGCAAACGCAAAUAUUAUUUUAAAAUGUUUUUGACAAGAUUGAAGAUCGUUUUUCAUUGAAAUGCACAGCAGUAUUCUGUCAAAUACCCAUCCAGUACAUGAAGGAUUUGUUCUGCAAUGAGAAAUAAAGCAAUUUGCAAUUUAAGUGGAA